CUGCAUCGCACUUCACCUAACACUGGCAGCAUGGAGGCGAGGAGCCAGGAAGAUCAAGAAAGAGAGAUUCGAGACCUUCUGCGGCAAGCGGAACGCAAGCCGUUGAAGUCGCCUGCGCGUAGGAAUGCUCUGAAGCGGCUGAUCGACCUUGCGCAUUCUCCAUACCCUAAAUUGAAGGCGAUUGCAGCGCAUAACCUCAAGACAUUUAUCACAGACUUUCCUGACCUGGAGGACGAUGCUAUCAAUGCCGUGUACGAUCUAUGCGAGGACCCGGUGACGAAGGUCCGUAUCAGUGGUUAUGCUGCGAUCGUGGACGUGUCAAGAGAGCAGUUGAAGUGGGUCAAAAGGAAUGCUGAUGUGUUGGUACAAUUGCUGCAAAGUGAUGAACCCGACGAAGUGACAUACGUGAAGAGAGCCCUCAAUCAACACCUUGACAUGGAUCCAGCCACAACGUUAGGCGUACUGUGCGACCAAAUCAUCCCCAUGGAUGAGCCUUUGGACGAAGAGGAGCAAAUAAUCCGCAGUCGACUGCGCUCCCUUGUUCUAUCAUUCAUGACAGGCGAAGCCAAGCGCGCUAUCAUUGACCGCCAUACAAGCACACCAGGCAGCGUAGCUGAGGAAACUCUUGUUAUGGGGCUAUUGAAGGCUGUGGAGAAGCUAACACCUGCAGACGUUGACGUGAUUGUGAAAGAGAUCCUCUUAGCAUUACCCUCCUUCAAACCUUCUUCUCCGCGAAGCAAACAGCUAUUGGAGGUCGUGCUGGACCGCACAAAAGCAUUGCUGAAGAGUGAUCUCUCGUCUGGCAGCGAUCGUUCUCCACUUACAAACGUGCGCUAUUGGCUGGAUCUCGCUGCAUAUAUCGCGCUAGAGAACCGUGUCGCACAUCCAUCGGACCUCCUACGCUUUUACUUCACGACACUGUCGUCGAGAAUGAUGCUGCUUAGGCUCGAUGAGGAUGCUCAGUUCUUCGUGCUGUCCAGAAUUGCAGAUGCCCUUUCGGCGUAUGAGAAGGGACCGCCAGAGGGAUCGAGCUCAACUCAUGCGGAGGAUGCGCUGCUCCGCAAGCAGACUCCGGAUAUAUGUGUGGUGUUGCUGCAGAUUUUCUCGGAAGCAAAUGCUGCGCAAAGGCCUUGGAAAGCCUGCCGCACGUUCCUGAGAACUUGUUUACGACAUAAGAAGGAAUACAAAUGGACAGUACCAUCCCAUCUUCUUCCAAUAUUGCAAAGCAUACAAGGUUCUGCUGAAAUACAAGCACGAGAAGGCAGAUUGGAUAAUGUUGAAGAUAUCCAAAGCCUCAUAAGGUCACUUCUCCAGCCUGUCAGCAAGCCAAUGCCGGUGGUGUCGAAGGCCCCAGCAGCAGCAGUCACUAACACAUCAGAAGGUAUGAGUAGCAGCAGUGCAACAGUCAAGUCGGAGCGUCGAAUCAUGAACGUUAAGAGGAAACGUGAAGGCCGUCCUGCAGGCUUGCCACCCCGGCCUGUCACGACGCCCCCGGCUAACGGUAAUGGGUCAGCGGCAAUCGGAGCUCGCCCAGAACAAGGCAAGCGGGCCUCCGUUGAAUACCGUCAACGGGCGACAACUGUACCAGCGACGGUGGGAACACAGGAGAGUGGACACUCGAUUCCUUCCGACGAUCAACCACGGGCUACGAAACGGGCGAAGAAGGGUGGUGGGGUGGAGGGAGCGAAAGAGGUCCCAUCUUUGCUGAGCCGUCUGGAGACUGUGACGAUGAAUGACAAGGCGUCUGUCGAGCGAGCUGCAUCUAUCUUGGCAGGCAAGCGUCGCGUCGAAUCCGCGCCAGUUUUGCUCGGCAGCUCGCAAGAGACGUCGUCGGAUGUAGACAUGCGUCCGGUGGAGGGUUACAGCAUCAAAGGCGCGGCCACUCGCGUGACAUCGCCAGAUGAUUUGGGACCAAUAAAAACAUCGCUAUUAGAUCGGUUGCAGAGCGCUAGUAUCGGCCGGGGCGUCGGCGGGCAGAUGAAGAAGAGAAGGACUAGAUCGUAAUGGUCAUGAAGGGAUGGAUGCCAUAGCUGUAAUAGCUUGUAAUAGGUUCCAUCGUAUGUUGCGUAAUUAGGGACAAGAACAUAUCGCCUCGUCAUUCGUUCAAGACGCGACAUUGGUAUAUCACUGGAAAGAGGUAUCGAAGCGCAGGGUGAAUGAUAUGAUAC